GACUGCCAGCCAGACUCCCAGAAAGCAUGUUGGUGGGACCCCAGUCCUUCUCGCCAGGGGGACCCAAUGGGAUUAUCAGAAGCCAGUCCUUUGCGGGAUUCAGCGGCCUUCAGGAGAGGCGAUCCAGAUGUAACUCCUUUAUCGAAAAUCCUUCUGCUCUCAAGAAGCCUCAGGCCAAACUGAAGAAAAUGCACAAUUUAGGACACAAAAACAAUAACCCGCCCAAAGAGCCUCAGCCGAAGAGGGUGGAAGAGGUCGUCAGAGCCUUGAAAAACGGACUUGAUGAGUAUCUGGAGGUUCACCAGACGGAGUUGGACAAAUUGACAGCUCAGUUAAAAGAUAUGAAAAGGAACUCUCGCCUGGUAGGUGCCCUCCAAUCACAAAUUAAAACGACUGAAAGAUACAUGAGGCGCCUGGAGUUUCACAUCAGUAAGGUGGAUGAGCUCUAUGAAGCUUACUGCAUCCAAAGACGCCUGCAAGACGGAGCCAGCAAAAUGAAGCAAGCCUUCGCAGCCUCCCCCCCCAGCCGCGCCGCCCGGGAGAGUCUGUCUGAGAUCAAUCGCAGCUACAGAGAGUACACCGAGAACAUGUGCACCAUCGAAGCGGAGCUGGAGAAUCUGCUGGGGGAGUUCUCCAUCAGGAUGAAAGGUCUGGCUGGUUUUGCUCGCCUCUGUCCCGGAGACCAAUACGAGAUUUUCAUGAAGUACGGCCGGCAGAGGUGGAAACUGAAAGGCAAAAUAGAAGCCAACGGCAAGCAGAGCUGGGACGGAGAAGAGGUCGUGUUCCUGCCCCUGAUCGUGGGGUUCAUCUCCAUCAAGGUCACUGAACUCAAAGGGCUCGCGACUCACCUCCUGGUCGGCAGCGUGACCUGUGAGACCAAAGAGCUGUUUGCCGCCCGGCCUCAGGUGGUGGCAGUUGACAUCAAUGACCUUGGCACCAUCAAACUGAGCCUGGAGAUCACCUGGUACCCGUUUGACGUGGAGGACGCGACCCCCUCCUCGGGCGCCGGGAACAAGGCGGCGGCCCUGCAGAGGAGGAUGUCCAUGUACAGCCAGGGCACCCCGGAGACCCCCAUCCUGAAGGAGCACUCCUUCUUCCGGUGGCUGCACCCUCCCGCAGACAGGCCGCGGCGGCUGUCUGUCCUGAGUGCCUUGCAGGACACUUUCCUGGCCAAGCUGCACGGCAGCCGCUCCCUCAGUGACCUGCCCUCCCUCAGGCUGCGACCCAAGGCCGGGCUGGAGUUUUACUCUAACCUACCUGAUGACGUCUUUGAAAACGGCCAGGCGGCCUCCGACCAGACCCCGCUGUCCCUCAGCCUCAGCGAGCUGCCCCGCGAGGCCGCGCCCCCUCCUGGCGCCCCGCGCGAGUCAGACGAGGCGUCGGAGCUGAAGCCGGUGGAACUGGACACUCUGGAAGGAAACCUCACGAAGCAGCUGGUCAAGAGGCUCACGUCGGCCGAGGCGCCGGCGGCCGCGGACAGGCUACUGUCGGAGGGCUCAGUGAGCGGAGAGUCGGAGGGCUGUCGAUCGUUCCUGGACGGCAGCCUGGAGGACGCCUUCAGCGGGCUCUUCCUCGCCCUCGAGCCCCACAAAGAGCGCUAUAAGGAGUUUCAGGAUCUGAACCAAGAAGUCAAGCAUUUGGAUGAUGUUCUGAAAUGUAAGCCAGCCGGAAACCACAGCCGGUCUUCCAGUUUAAGUCUUACAGUCGAAAGUGCUUUAGAAAGCUUUGACUUCCUGAACACCUCUGAUUUUGACGAGGAGGAGGAAGAUGGUGAUGAGGUUUGUAAUGUUGGAGGAGGCAUGGACUCGGUAUUUUCGGACACCGAGAUGGAGAAAAAUAGCCCUUACAGGUCAGUGCACCCGCAGGCCAGGGGGCACCUGAGCGAAGCACUGACGGAGGACACAGGCGUCGGGACCAGUGUGGCGGGAAGCCCCCUCCCGCUGACCACAGGGAACGAGAGCCUCGACAUCACCAUCGUCAAGCACCUCCAGUACUGCACCCAGCUCGUUCAGCAAAUUGUUUUCUCAAGCAAAACCCCAUUUGUGGCGAGCAACCUCUUAGAGAAGCUUUCUAGGCAAGUGCAAGUGAUGGAGAAACUGUCAGCCAUCAGUGAUGAGAACAUAGGGAACAUCAGUUCCGUCAUCGAAGCCAUCCCCGAAUUUCACAAAAAGCUGUCUUUGCUGUCAUUCUGGACGAGGUGCUGCAGCCCAGCGGGUGUCUACCACAGCUCAGCCGGCAGGGUGAUGAGGCAGCUGGAGGCCAGCUUUGCCAGAACGGUCGACAGAGAAUGCCCAGGCCUCGCAGACCCAGUGUUUCAAACGCUGGUGUCCCAAAUCCUGGACCAGGCUGAGCCUCUGCUCCCCUCUAGCCUCUCGUCGGAAGUCGUCACUGUUUUCCAGUACUACGGUUACUUCACCAGCCACGGGGUGAGCGACCUGGAGAGCUACUUGAACCAGCUGGCCAAGCAAGUGUCCUUGAUUCAGACUCUGCAGUCGCUAAGAGAUGAGAAACUGCUCCAGGCCAUGAGUGACCUCGCUCCCGGCAGCCUCUCGGCCCAGCAGGAAGUCCUCGGGACCCUGGCCAUGCUGCUGACCGGGGACGACCAGGAGGCCCGUGAGGCCGUGAUGCUGUACUUGGCCGCAGCCUCCAGAAACGAGCACUUCAGGGAAAAGGCCUUGCUGUACUACUGUGAGGCGCUGACCAAGGCAAACCUCCAGCUCCGGAAGGCGGCGUGCCUGGCCCUGAAGAGCCUGCAGGCCACCGAAAGCAUCAAGAUGCUGGUGAUGUUGUGCCAGUGCGACACUGAGGAAAUCAGAAACGUGGCCUCGGAGACCCUCCUGUCUCUUGGAGAAGAUGGGCGGCUGGCGUAUGAACAGCUGGACAAAUUUCCUCGAGACUCUGUUAACGUCGGGGGGCGUCCUGGGGCUGAGGUCGCCACGGCCUUUUAAGGAGCUCUGCCUAACAGCUGUCUUAGUACAUGGCCCUGUUGGAGACCAUGGUGCUGGGCUUUCGCGGCAAGGUUUGAGACUUGGAGAGUUGUGCUGAGGUCGUCUGCAAACGUAAGAUGCUAUAGAUAGAACUCAAAGUCGAGUACCUAUCUACUUUCCUUUGGCCAGUAGAAUGGGGCCAUGUAUCCCUCCAUAGGUUACAGUGUCGAUCGAGUCUGACAAUACUUAGUGAAAGAGUCCAUUUUCUCUCCUGUGUAUGGAAUUUUACAGCAUUCAUCUGUGUACUUUUCUGGAAGUGCUCCUGUAAGCCUGCAAUCGUCACGUACUACUGAAUGAGUAUCGUACACCUUGCGGUGUUGCUCUGCCGCGUCCUGAGGCUUGAGUGGCCCCACCAGCUACCUAAUUUUACCUUAAAUGCAAAGCACAAAAAAGAAUUUCUUCAAAUAAAAGUUUACCUGCAGAACUUGGUAAAAUCACACAUUGUUAAGAGUUUAAACUUUUUUUAACUUCAUUUUUCCCCCAAGCCUCCACUACGGCUUUUGUUUCUUUUCUCCAUCCUGACCGUUCCCAAAGCCUGUUUCUGUGAUGGUUGAAAGACAGAUGACUGAGAACUACCUUAUUAAGAUGAUACCCGUACUCCUUAAAAUAAGACAUUCAGAGUUGAAGUUUUUUGAACAAGAGCCAUGUUUUUUAUGAUACUUUUACAACAGAGGUAUUUUGCUGCUAAGACAAAUCAAAACCAAAAGUCAUGGAAUCAGAACGCUGUGAUGCUCUUCGCAGUUGUGGGAGGGGCGUUGCAGGAAUCUUAAUGGGGGGGGCGCCCAGCAGGGGAUGCACAGCGGGCCUCGCUGCCACAGAAUCCCCAUGAGAUCAGGAAGAGGUUACUGGCCCAGUCACCGGGUAGGACCUCUGGGCCAAACGGGUAAAACAGCCGCUCCCUUACUGUUUCUGUAUCAGGGCACCAGUUCCUCAGGAUCAAGUGCAAGACUAGCUCUCCCUAACUUCCCUUCCUCUUAAGAGGACCCACGGUGGGGUGCGCCAGGAUAGCAAAAUACAGUGUGUGAGUGUGAUUCAAACUGUGGACUAUCAACUGUAUUCUGAACGUGUUUGUAUCAAAUAUUUAGGUGUCGUUUUAAAUAUUUACAUUUUAACAAGACCUUGAAAAACAACUCUUACUCCAUUUUAAGGUGAAAAUUGUUUGCCAGGCUUCCUGACAAAUAGUUCUUUCAACUGUGAAGUUAUAAUGUGUAUAUAUAUUUGUAUAUUUAUAAAUAUUAUAUAUAUGCAUAUACCCUUCAUUUUCAAGGUACCCUGUACAGUCUGUAGGGAGCAUGUAUAGUCUGUAGCCCAUAGUCUCUGUUAAAUGGUUGAAAUGAUUUUUAUAGAAAGUCAAAUCACAAAUGUUACAGAGUUUUUUGUUAGUUUUGUUUUUGUUUUUGUUUUCUAAUUUUUUGAAUAUUGCAUGAGUAAUUCCAUAUCUUUUGUAUUCAUUUCUGCAUUUUAUUUUUGCUCAGAGGCGGUGCUUUUAGUUUUGUGGCAUUUGUAUCCAUCACUCUUUCCAUCAUGUAAGUUGAAAUAAAAAUUAUUUUUGAAUUCUUA